AUUGUCAUCCCGACAUAACACUUUGGAAUGCAUCUGCCUACAAUUUGCCUAGUCAUUCUAUGCUCUCUAGCCAGUGGACAGGUUCUCUUUCAAGCUAAAGUCACCUGCAAUAUUGGCACAUACUGGUGUGGAGAACUCUAUAUAUUGGAGGAAGAUUGGCUGUUUCACGAUCAGUUGGCUCAUGACAAAUUCUGCACAUCGGAUAUGUAUAAACAACUUGAUUACACAGUCAAUCCUAAAGACUUUCCUACAAUGGACUACGAGAUCUUUUACAAAUUCAAUCAUAAUUGUACUGCGGACGGAAAAACGUAUUGUGUGCAACCUAAAGAAUCGAAAAAAGUUCAUAAAUGGGUUGGACAUCGCCGCGUUAAAUUCCUCAUCGAUGCUAGCGCAAAUGGCAAACCAAAGACAUGUGAAUGGCCUUUCUUUUAUGGAGGAUUCUGGGGAUGAUGGAACUCUGUGUAUAAAUAAUGUCGAGGUUCUU